AUGUCUCUUUGGAAAUCGUACCGCAACUUAUCGCCGCGCACACGGCUGGUCUUUGGCUUUGGAUUAAUGGCCUACGCCGCGUUUGGUCUGUGGGCCGAGCCACGCGUCGAGAAAACAUUAGGAAUGUUACCGACGGAGGCGGAAAAGGCCGAAUUAGACAAGAACAUCAGUGUUCGGAUUCGAGCCGUGGAGAAGUGA